AUGACUGCAGUCGAGACUCUGCACGCACCAACCGGAGACCAAGUACAUCUGCCUUGUGACGUCACUCCAGCACUACCAGAUGACCGCAUGGGUCUUGUCAUAUGGUACAAGCAAGGACAUGAGACGCCUAUUUACACACUAGAUACUCGUGAAGGUGUCACCUCUCACUGGUCAGAUGCGACCCUUGGCAUGAGAGCUUCGUUCAAGAGUGACUCCAGGCCUGCCGUACUAGUUCUUACAAAAUUGAGGCCAGAGGACAGUGGACAAUACAGAUGCCGAGUGGAUUUCAUCAAGUCUCCGACCAAGAACACGAGGCUUAAUCUCACUGUACUUAUACCUCCGGAGCGGCUGAUCAUCCUGAACCACGAAGGGAACGAGAUCAGAGGAAAAGUGGUUGGACCUUACGAUGAGGGGACUGAGGUUAAUUUAACCUGUAUUGCAGUUGGAGGUCGUCCAACUGCUCGCGUGUCCUGGUGGAAGGCCCACGCUCUUCUCGCUAACUCAGAAGCCAGAGCUACAGUAUCAUUCACAUUACAGAGAUCGGACUUCGGUACGGAUAUAACUUGCCAGGCUGUCACGGACCCGUUGAUAUCACCAGUAUCGGAGAACAUAUCCAUCGAUGUCAAUUGUAAGUACGUGGUUAAAUGA